UUGUUUCAUUCUACAACAGUGAAAAAGUUAUAGAAGGACAUUUGUAAGACUGAAUCACUCCUUGAGCUUUGUAUUUUUAUCAGAAUAUACUGCAGCUUAGUGGGGUUCUGAAGGCUUUGGACUGUGUGAAUAAUGGCCAUGCAAAGCAGAAAACUGACAGUCAGGCCUGGGAAUUCCUGCAGCACAAAGCAGGCAGGCUACCUGAUGGUACAGAGCAAAUAUGACUUAUGACUGGACAGUUGAUAACGCAACACUUUUUCUUUAGUCUCAGGUGGUAUCACUUGUCUUUAUUAACUUAACUGAUUAUCUACGAAAAGAAUGUCCCAAAAUGGAACAUGACAUGUAAAUUGAAACCUUUUAAUUGUGUCAUUUUUGCUUAAUCAUCCAUAAUGUUUUGAGUUUGUAUGACACUGUGACCUUGAUAACAAAAAAAAAACCAUAUAGUCCAUAUAUCAUGCGUUCAAACAAGUUUAGCUGUUGGGCAAAUUCAGGCUGCCUGAAUUAGUCUUGACUUCAGAUGUUUAGCUGAACAAUGCAGGUUAUUGUAAUGCAUGUAAAAAUGUGUACUUUGUACUUUGUAUAUGUGAGAGUGUCAAGAUAACUGAUACAGGUCAAUAUCUAGGUGAAAAUGUCUAAAUAAAAUACAUUUUGAUGAGCAUUGUUUCAAUAAAAAGCAGAUGUAAACUUAAAAAAAUGGUCAGAUUAAAUGUCUGUAUUUUAAAUACUUUUUUCGUUUAACAUUGCAAGCAACACAACCACAUGUUAAAGAACAUAUCAAAUUUACAACAAGUCUGGGAUUAAGUUCCUAUAAAAGACAUGAGGUAAGGAAACAUUGCUGUUUUUGUGUUGUUGAAGUGACACAAUGCUACGACAACAACCUCAAUGACCUGAAAACAAGAUUAAGCCUGAUGUCCAGGAUCAUAGGCAUGGCCUUAAAGGAAACUAUACACCUACAGUAAGAAAUCAACUUGUGUGUUUCCUACUACCUAGAGUCCAGACAGUUUAACCUGUGCACUCUGAAGUUUACUUUGUUUUUUAUUAUGUCACCAUAAAGCUUUAAUGCACAGACGUGUUUAACCUCUGCAUCUUUGUUCAAAUGUUUAACAACUUUAUAACAGAGGGAGAAGUAGCUUAUUUUCCACAGUCUUAUAUGCAAUCUGAAAUGCUUCCUGAACCAGAGAGGUACUUCCUCUGCUGCCUCACUGCAACCAAAGCCCAAAACAAAAGUCCAGCUCUUAUGUACAGUCUACAGAUGAACUAAAACAUACAGUAUAUAACAUAUGCUGUGUACAUUGUUUGGCACUGUAUGAUGUGUGGUUCGUAGUAUCAUAAUCUGUCUUACUUUCUAAAAGCAUAACCCUCAGAGGCUAGAUCCUGGGACAUUUUACAAGAAUGUCAAACUAACAAAACUCAUAGGCAGAAAACAUUUAUAAAUAUUACUGGGGAAAAUAUGAGUUUGUAGACAUGGGGCCCGAUGAAGUAAGUCCUUUUCAGGACAGCUAGCAUCGGUUAGCACGACUGUUUACCCGUGUGACAGUAGUUUAAGAGUAUACGGUAAUUAUCAAAAUGCUACAGACUAGAGUUCCCGAGUUGGUCAGUUUCAUGUCCACCUACCUAGAUGGUAUUGAUUGACAUUAAUGUUCGAGCUGUUCCACUUGUUGUCAAUUUCGCUACGAUACACUUUUGCUCUCGCUAACGGUGGUCACGGCCAAACCAAAAUAAGCCAAAUGUUUAUUACCAUAAUUACAACGUCAGUUUAACGGCAGAGCCAACUUCUACUGCUGGGCAACUGGUAUGGUUUAUUUCACAGGUAUGUCUCAAGUUAGUCUUGAAGCUGAAUCGGGGAGGACCUCACCCGAGGACCCUCAGAGGGAGUGUGAGGAGUCUGACAAAGCAGAAGAGAGUUUGAGUGAGGGUCUGAAACAGGAGAGUGUAGACAACAGUAGGACAAAUUACUGCUCAGACGAGGAAAUGUAUGAGAUUGAUAUAAACAGCGGUGAAGAAAAAGCGGAAAAGGGUGUGAAGGAUGGCGAAAAGGAGGAGGACAUUCAGAAUGAGAGUGUAGGAUCAUUCAGGGAUGUCGAUGCUGCUCCGGCAUCUGGCAGCGUAGACCAAGGGGCACAUGUGACAAAUCAUGUUGAAGCAGCUGAAACCCCAGAGGAAGGUGGAGAUUCUCACAUGGAAACAAAGAAAAGCACAAUGGCUGAGGAAUCCCACAGAAGCUCAGCCGCUGAGAUUACAGUCACAAGUAAUGGAGACUUGGAUCAGAGCCCAGAGACAGUGUUCCAGAGGGACUCCUACACCAGUGGUCCCAUGACCAUCAACGUCCCAGAAUCCUGUGUCUCCCCAAAUGCUUUUUCUCCAACAACAGAAGGCGUCUUUGAAUCAGGACCAUACAAAGGGUCAGCCAGCCUGCCCACAUCUCCUGUGUUCGCUGUAGCUCCUAGCACGGCUGUUGCUAGUCGCCUGGCACGCUCUUUCAGCGAAUGUCAUGCUGAUAGAGGAACAAUGCCAGCACAGCAGAGUGGAGCUGUGGUCCCUUCUGAUGACAUCAGGAAUCCAGCCAUGGAAAAACUGGACCUUGUCAGAAAGUGGAGCAUCAACACUUACAAAUGUACCAGACAGAUCCUGUCAGAAAAGAUGGGACGCGGCUCGAGGACGGUUGACCUGGAGUUAGAGGCUCAAAUUGAUGUCCUGCGUGACAACAAGAGAAAGUACCAGAAUGUGUUGAAGCUGGCUCUGACGCUGGCCAAUCAGCUGGCCCAGAUGAUUAAAACACAGAGGCAGCUGGGUGACGCCUUUGCUGACCUCGGCCUCAAAUCACCAGAACUUCAUGAGGAGUUUGGCUACAAUGCGGAGACACAAAAACUUUUGUCCAGAAAUGGGGAGACCCUGCUGGGUGCCAUCAAUUUCUUCAUCUCCAGCGUGGACACGCUGGUAGACAAAACAAUCGAAGACACCAUGAUUAAUAUCAAACAAUAUGAACUGGCCAGGGUUGAGUAUGAUGCGUAUCGCACAGAUCUGGAGGAGUUGAAUUUGGGACCACGCGACUCCACCACUCUGCCUAAGAUCGAGCAGUGCCAGCAGAUGUUCCAGAUUCACCGCGAGAAGUAUGAGAGGAUGAGGAACAGUGUGGCAAUCAAACUUAAACUCCUGGAAGAGAACAAGGUGAAGGUACUGCAUAAUCAACUGGGUCUGUUCCACAAUGCCAUAUCUGCAUACUUUGCAGGGAACCAACAGCAACUGGAAGAGACACUCAAGCAGUUCCACAUCAAGUUGAAAGUCCCAGGUGGGGACAAUCCAUCUUGGCUAGAAGAGCACUCAACCUGAGAGGCUCCGUUAUAAGUUUUGACAAAACUUCUAAACAUCUCUUUUCCACUCCACACUUCAUUGUCUUUCAGAAUCUCUAAAUUGUAUCUCUUACAAUCAAAUCUACAAUCUGUUGAUAACUUGAUAUAUAAAAAAAUAUUUCCACCUGAGCAUAUAUUUCAUAUCCAAGGACAAACAUUUUUAUACCAUUUGAAGAAAAAUAACACACAUUUUAAAAAAAUCAUAGUUUUCUAUGUCAGCGUAUGAAUGUUGUAUCUCAGCACGGUAAAAGUGCUGCCUCUGCCAGGGCUGCCAUUUUUUAUUCACAUAAUUUACAUUAGAGUCACCAGCAAUCUGAGAUUAUUAAAAAAAAAGAUUCUACCGUGUGUUUAUAAAAGAGUUGAAAUGUGUUGUUAAAAAUGGGGGCAGCAUGACAUUCAUAGGUCUGAAAUAUGCACAUGUAAUAAAACCACUUUUUCUAGCAAAGUCAAAUUCGUUUGACAUUCUGCACAGUUCAGUGUCUAUAUGACCAAAGCUAAAAGCUGAUACGUUUAGCAUGGCCUAAACUUAAAAUGGGAAACGGGCAGAGUCGGGUGGGCUUAAACUGCAUAUUAUUUAAAGACAAUUAUAUGUUACUAAUACAAAACCAAAGUGGAAAAAAAAUAUGGUUUUAUGGGACAUUUUGAAAUGUAGGUAGAGACAACCAGUUAGCUAAAUCUUGGCAUAAGGGCUAAGCUAACUGGCUGCUGGUUUUUGGUUUCACAGACAGGUAUAUUUGGUAUUAUAUGGCUCUUGUUAUAUACAAAUUAUCAAAUGGUUUAUUUAAAUAAGAAAUAAGAAAAAAAAUCAUGUUUUGUUGCAAUUGUGACCUUUUCCUACUUGUAUUGUAAUGUGUCCUGGGUCAUGUGACUGAAGCACACUGAGAUUCAAGGCCGCCGGCUGUAUGUGUGGGUCGGUGGCUUUGACAGCAGUGAAAGACUGUUGUCUCGUGUUAAAUCUUUUUAACUUUUACAAAAGCCCACAGAUGGGUUUGUUUUCAGGGCAUUUUCCUCAACUAAACAAACACAAAGAAAUGAGGUCGUUGUUUAAAUCCUGGAAGUUGUUGUUGUUGUUCUUGCCUGUAACCUGUAAACAAUAGCACUCCUUUUGAUCCCAGCAAAUUUAAACGGUUUAUUUUGCAUAGAGAGUGAAGGAGUGUCAUGUGAUUAUAAGUGGACACACGUCAAAGUCUGGAAUAUUGAUCGGUCUUUUCAAUAUUACCAGCUUUUGUUUUAGCUUUAGAACAUGACUGGACAUUUACAUCGGUGAUCAUCGUAAAUUCAAAAAGAAAAUGAAGCACCAGCCUUGUGUGAUUUAAAUGUGCCUUGACUUAACAAACUAGUUAUACUUCCUUAUUACUGGUUUUAUUAUAUAAACACCAUUCACUACCAGCUUUUCCAGGACCAACUCUUGAUGAAAGAGAAUGGACAAAAAAAGCACACUCCAAGGAUAUAGAUGAAACCUAUAUCAUGUUUAAACACUCAAAGAUGACAGCUGUGUUUUUUAAAGUACAAAAACAUUAACUUCAGAAAGUAUGCUGUUGUUAAUGGUAUUUAUCCACAUUGCACAUGUGCACAUUUAUGCAUUUGAUACUAUUUACAGAGACUUGUAAAAACCGCAUGUUAUAUACGAUUAAGACCAAAAUACAAAGAAAACUCUUUUUUUUGUAAUUUUAAAAGACCAGCAUCUGUUGCUAUAGCUGCUAACGGUUUCUACUAUUGGACUCCAUAAAGUAUAUAUUACAAAGAGGACGGCGUUCUCUGGGAGAAUUUACAUAGUGACUUUGUCUUCAUUUGUCAGAUUUGUAAACCUUAUUCAACGAUCUCUUUUCCCCUGAAAUACAGUAGAUGGCUAUAUAUUCGUAGAAUUUUAUCUUUGUGGAUAUAAUCUGUGACCAAUGCAGCUGUAAAGGCCUGAAUAAUAGAACGCUCGCACUGUGUAGUAGUCUUUAUCUUUUGUAAGAAUGAAACAUUUACAAAUGUUUAAAGGUUUUGGAAUGUGGUGUUUCCUCUUUGGGAAAAUAAAAGCUUCUUUUCUUUAA